AUGCGCGGCGGAACAAUGGACAUCGACGCCCGCCAGGCCACCCUGCCCCGCGUCCGCGGCGACAUCGACGACGACGGCAAGGCGAGGAGGACAGGGACGGUAUGGACGGCGACGGCGCACAUCAUCACGGCGGUGAUCGGUUCCGGCGUGCUGUCGCUGGCGUGGGCGAUGGCGCAGCUGGGGUGGGUGACCGGGACGGUGACCCUGGUGCUCUUCGCGGCCAUCACCUUGUACACCUGCGGCCUCCUCGCCGACUGCUACCGCGUCGGCGACCCCGUCACCGGCAAGCGCAACUACACCUACACCGAGGCCGUCAAGUCCAACCUAGGCGGGUGGUACGUCUGGUUCUGCGGCUUCUGCCAGUACGCCAACAUGUUCGGCACCAGCAUCGGCUACACCAUCACAGCCUCCAUCAGUGCCGCGGCCAUCAACAAGUCCAACUGCUUCCACUGGCACGGGCACGACGCGGACUGCAGCCAGAACACGAGCACGUACAUCAUCGGCUUCGGGGUGGUGCAGGCCAUCUUCUGCCAGCUCCACAACUUCCACAAGCUCUGGUGGCUCUCCAUCAUCGCCGCCAUCAUGUCCUUCUCCUACGCCGCUAUCGCCGUUGGCCUCUCCCUCGCGCAGACCAUCACAGGUCCCAUGGGGAAGACGACGAUGACCGGCACGCAGGUCGGGGUGGACGUCGACUCGGCGCAGAAGAUAUGGAUGACGUUCCAGGCCCUCGGCAACAUCGCCUUCGCCUACUCGUACGCCAUCAUCCUCAUCGAGAUACAGGACACGCUGCGUUCCCCUCCCGCGGAGAACAAGACGAUGCGGCGGGCGACGGUGAUGGGCAUCUCGACGACGACGGCGUUCUACAUGCUGUGCGGCUGCCUGGGCUACUCGGCGUUCGGGAACGGCGCGCCGGGGAACAUCCUCACCGGGUUCGGCUUCUACGAGCCCUACUGGCUCGUCGACUUCGCCAACGCCUGCAUCGUGGUGCACCUCGUCGGCGGGUUCCAGGUGUUCUGCCAGCCGCUGUUCGCGGCGGUGGAGGGCGCCGUGGCGGCGCGGUACCCGGGGUCCACGCGCCAGUACGGCGCCGCCGGCGUGAACGUGUUCCGGCUGGUGUAUCGCACGUCGUUCGUGGCCGUGAUCACCCUGCUGGCGAUCCUGAUGCCGUUCUUCAACAGCAUCCUGGGCAUCCUGGGCAGCAUCGCCUUCUGGCCUCUCACGGUGUACUUCCCCGUGGAGAUGUACAUCCGGCAGCGGCAGGUCCCGCGAUUCAGCACCAAGUGGGCGGCGCUGCAGAGCCUCAGCUUCGUGUGCUUCCUCGUCACCGUCGCCGCUUGCGCCGCCUCCGUGCAGGGCGUGCUCGACUCCCUCAAGACCUACGUUCCGUUCAAGACGAGGACGUGAUCGAGGCCGACCGCGCGAGCUUGUGCUGCGCUGCGCUCCGUGCACGGGCGCCCAUGAUUCGGCCGUGUGAUACAGCAUCCUCGUCUCUCUUUUUUAGUGGUGAUCGAUGCGUUCUGUCCAGGGUUGUCAGUGGCCUGGA